GAGGACAAGUGGAACCCGGCACGGUGCGCCCUCCCCGCCCCCAACACCCGGAUCUGAACAAAGCCCAGGCACUCAGAACCUGAACCCGCUUAGACCUACCGUCUAGCAUGGCUGAGGGAAGCUACCGCAUGGAAUCAGAAACCUACAACGUUGAAGACAUGGAUGAGGGUAGCGAUGAUGUCGGGGAGGAAGAGAUGGUUGAAGGAAAUGACUAUGAAGAAUUUGGUGCUUUUGGAGGCUAUGGCACCCUCACCAGCUUUGACAUCCGUAUCCUCCGAGCCUUUGGGAGCUUGGGUCCAGGCCUUCGCAUCUUAUCGAAUGAGCCCUGGGAAUUGGAAAACCCUAUGCUGGCUAGGACUCUGAUGGAGGCAUUUCAGCUGGAUCCAGAAACACUUGCCAAUGAGGCUGCUGCCCAUGCUGCCAACGUAGCCCGCGCGGCCGCCUCCAACCGUGCUGCCAGGGCCGCUGCUGCCGCUGCCCGUGCCACCUACAAUCAGGUGGUCACCAACCGCCCUGUGGCCACAGACCAGGCUUCAGGAGAAGACACCCAGCCCAUGACCUAUGCGGCCCAGGAUCAGGGAGCCACCCCUGAGACCACCCUUGCUGCUCCGCACAUCUCUCAGAUGCUAGUCGCCAGUGAGAUGGCUGCCCCAGGGGCUCCAGCAGUGUCCACACAGCCCCAGACAGGCUCCCAGGCCCAGGAGGCUGCUACUGAGGGCCCUAGUACUGCCUGUGCUUUCUCUCAGGCUCCGUGUGCCAGUGAGAUGGAUGCCACCAGGCCCAAGACAGCCUUCCUGGGUCAGAAUGAUGUGUUUGAUUUCACCCAGCCGGCAGGUGUCAGUGGCAUGGCCUUCCCCCGCCCCAAGAGGCCCGCCCCGGCCCAAGAGGCUGCCACAGAGGGCCCCAGUGCCGCCUCCGGGGUGCCCCAGGCAGCACCUGCCAGGGAGGGGGCAGCCACCCGGCCCAAGACGACCAAGUCUGGAAAGGCUCUUGCCAAGACCCGGUGGGUGGAGCCUCAGAAUGCUGUGACAGCAGCUGCUGCCAAGACCAAGAUGGCCACUAGCAUCCCUGAGCCUGAGGGUGCAGCUGCCCCUGCCCAGCACAGUGCUGAGCCCUGGGUCAGGAUGGGAGGCAAGAGGACCAAGAAGUCCAAGCACCUGGAUGAUGAAUAUGAGAGCAGUGAGGAGGAGAGAGAGCCUCCUGCGGUCCCACCGACCUGGAGAGCAUCGCACCCUCCGAUGACCGUGCGGGCUCAUAUGGUUCCUCGGCCCCCCAUGGUCUUGAGGUCCCAGGUACCCUCAAGACACGUCUUGUGCUUGCCACCCCGCAACGUGACCCUUCUGCAAGAGAGGGCAAAUAAGCUGGUGAAAUAUCUGAUGAUUAAGGACUACAAGAAGAUCCCCAUCAAGCGCUCAGACAUGAUGAAGGAUGUCAUCCGAGAAUACGACGAACAUUUCCCUGAGAUCAUUGAACGAGCAACAUACACUCUGGAAAAGAAGUUUGGGAUCCACCUGAAGGAAAUUGACAAGGAAGAACACCUGUACAUUCUCGUGUGCACACGUGAUUCCUCAGCUCGUCUCCUGGGAAAGACCAAGGACACUCCCAGGCUGAGCCUCCUCUUGGUGAUUCUGGGAGUCAUUUUCAUGAAUGGCAACCGUGCCAGCGAGGCUGUCCUCUGGGAGGCACUUCGCAAGAUGGGACUGCGCCCUGGGUAUGGUUGGGCUCUCGACUCCCGCCCCUCAGUGUUGUCUUUGGGCACCAGUGGCACCAGGUUUGCAGUAGCCUGGUGGCCCAGUGCCAGGGGAGCGGACGUCCUGGACCGGGUAGAACGCAAAGGGUCUCUGGCACGGUGCAUGGGGAAAUGGUCCUGAACUCUCAGCCCCUCGCUGCUCCAUGUCCCCUCUCCGUCCCCAGAUGAGGCGUAAGAGAUACCAUCAGAUGUAGGGGUUCCAUCAAACCCUUGCCUAGGGUAUCCCGGACGUGUGGACCCUGCUGC